AUAAUAUUGCAGAAAUCAGUGGAACGCGAUACUCCAAAUUAUGAUAAAUGAGACUCCUCCAAAAGCCAAAAUCCGUUGCUAGCAAUUAUUUGAACUAUGUAAAGCAACUGUCUGAUGAUGCUACGGGUAAAUCCCGCGCGGUGAGCGAUGAAGACGUAAAUGACGAUAUUCGCAAUCUCUAUGCGGCUAUACAAAAUACAGUUAUGGAAUUGACAUCCUUUAUUUUUCUAUCGUUGGGAAUACAUACAGAAAUACAAGAAAAGUUGCGAAAAGAAAUAUUGCUUACAUUCGGAAACGACAAGAUUGAUGCCAAGCGUCUCACGAGCAUUCGAUAUCUUAAUAUGGUGAUUCAAGAAACACUAAGAUUGUUUCCUCCAGCACCUAUAAUUGCGCGACAACUUACGGAAGACAUUAAACUGGAAUCAUGCGUCUUGCCGAAUGGGUGUUACGUUAUAAUACCAGUGUUUACUAUUCAUCGUGAUCCUGCAUAUUGGAAUAAACCGGAGGAAUUUAUUCCUGAACGAUUCUCGCCCAAAAACUCGUCAAGUCAUCAUCGGUACACUUACAUUCCAUUCGGCACAGGUCUUAGAGCUUGCCCAGGUCAACGAUAUACUUUUCUGUCCGUGGGAGCAGCAAUAGUAAAUUUAUUGCGGCGGUUUCGCUUUGUAGCAACUGGCAGUGUAAAAGAUGUCAAAUUAACAAAUGAUAUUUUAUUACGAUCUCGAGACGGUAUCAAAUUAUCUAUGUUUCGCUUAGAAGAUCAUAGAUAAACAAUAUACCUUAUGUAUAUACCACGAAUGUACACUGCAU